AUGUCUGGAAGAGGCGAGGAAGAAGUUGCCGCUGCUGCGGAGCGCCCCGCGAAUGCCGUGCUGCGGAGAGGGCGCCGGUCGAGGCUGGGGCCCGGUGGCGACACGCAGCGGCCAGCAGCGCAGCGCCGAAGGGUCGAGGAAACACCGCAACGGCAACGGUGGCCCCUCACCAGCACGGUAGAAGACGUAAUGACGGAGGGACUCUACGACUCUGUGCUAAACGCGCAAUGCAGUCACGUCUUGGAGUUUCACGAGGGCGAAGGAAGCCACAGACGGGUGCGAAUGGAGGUGAAAGCGGGCCAA